AUGUCUGACAAGGAUACACUACUUGGUAUGGGUUUUGACCCAGCUCGCGUAGAGUGGGCCUUGAGAGCCACCAAUAACCGCGGAUUGCAGCCUGCAAUGGACUUUAUUCUGGAGCAUAAUGACGAUCCUAUUCCGGAGGCUGGGGCACAACCUUCCGCGUCAUCCGGAGGAGAUGUGCCUAUGGAUGAAGAUGAUGAAGAGGCCGCUCUUCGCGCGGCGAUGGGCAAGGCGAGUGCCAAUGUGGCGAGCGUACCGGCAGACGUUGAGGCUCGGAGUAUUAAAUGCUCUCAGUGUGGCAAGAUAUUCAAGAAUACGGCAUUAGCGAACUUCCACGCCGAGAAGAGCGGCCACGAUCAAUUCGAAGAGUCUACGGAGGAGAUUAAACCCUUGACAGAAGAAGAGAAGAAGCAGCGCCUCGCUGACUUACGCGAGAAGAUGGCGGCGAAGCGCGCGGUUAAGGCGAAGCAGGAGGCCGAAGAAGCGAAGGCUAACGAACUCAUCCGACGUAAGGGCGGGCAGGAUAUGGGUAAGAUCCAGGAGGAACUGAAGGCGAAGCAAGUGAAGCGGGACAUGGAAGCGAAGAAACGCGAGAAGGAGGAUGAGGCUCGGGCAAAGGCUGCCGUCAAGGCCCAGAUCGAAGCGGACAAGAGGGAACGAGCAGCGAAGGCCGCACGGGAGAAAGCACUUCGUGAAGGCACCGCUAAUCCAGAUGCUGCGCCUGCACCGCUAGCCGCCGCACGACCUGCAGCUACAGCAUCAUCUGACUCUCCCGAGACGCGUCUUCAGAUUCGUCUGGCAAGUGGCGGGCAACCGUACAAGACUACGUUGUCCAGUGACGCAACUCUACGCGAAGUAGCGGAAUUCCUUGCUGGACAGGUGCUGGCUGUCGACGUUGAAACAGUCAACUUCGCCCAGCACUUUCCGAGGAAACAGUUCUCGCGUGCGGACUUCUCCAAGACCUUACGCCAACUCGGCCUGACCCCUUCCGCCGUUUUGAUCGCAUCUUGA